UCUUCGCAAGGUGUUCGGUGAAAAAUAUAUUCUACGGUCCAUUGUCAAAAAACGAAGGAUAUAUAACAGAGAGAGAGAGAUCGUGGAAACGUUUCUCUUUGUUUUGUUGGAGUCUCCGUCCCUUUUGUUGAUCGUUCGCGAGGUUUAGUGGUGAAUCUUAGACAUGGCAGCCGCCAAGCUCGUGGCUUUGUUACUUCUUGCCUUUGUUUUCACCACCACUGUCUUCUCCGAUGACGAGCCGGAGACUUUUGACGCCGCCGGAUCCGACGGCUCCUCUAAGAUCCAGCUGGAUCAGCUUAACGCCAAGAUCCAUGCACUAGAGUCUCAAAUCGAUGAGAAAGCUCGCGAGGUUAAGGGCAAAGACGAGUUGGUAGCAGAGAAGGAGAAGCUGCUCAAAGAAAAAGAAGACAAGAUUGCUUCCUUGCAGACUGGAGUCUCAUCACUACAAGGAUCAUCAGAUUCUGCUAAACGGUUGGGGAAGGUUCAAGCACGAGUUGUUGAGUUAGAGAAGCAGGUGGAGGUACUCAGGAACUUCUUGGAGCAAAAGAACAAGGAGAAAACUUCCACAGAAGCUCGGACUAAAGAGGCUGAGAAAAAACUAACCGAACUAAACUCGAGCCUAGACAAACUUGAGAAGACAAAUGAAGAGCAGAUGAAGGAAAUAGGCAAACUUGAACGUGCUAUUAAGAUAGCUGAGGAAGAAAUAUUGAGGACAAAGCAUGAAGCAUCCUCAAAAACUAAUGAACUCCUGGAGGCUCAUGGUUCAUGGCUUCCCCCUUGGCUUGCCGUUCACUGUAUUAGUAUUCAGGCUUAUACGGAGACACAUUGGGAGGCCCACGGGAAACCUGCUGUGGAUACAGUCAUUCUGAAGGUGACGGAAGCAAAGACUCAAGCUGUGAAGUGGGCUGAACCACAUGUGAAAAACGCUAAAACUAAAUAUAUUCCAGCCAUCAAGGGAACUGUCGCUACACAUGUUGAGCCACACGUCCGAACACUAUCAAUCAAAGCAAAAGAGGCUUACCAUGCAUCCAAGAGUGCUGUUUCUCCUCACAUUGUCACGGUUCAAGAAAUUGUAGACCCUUAUUAUCAGGAAGCUAAAAAGUUCAGCAAGCCAUAUUUUGACCAAGUGGCAACGGCCACGAAACCACAUGUUGAUAAUGUCAAGGUUGCCAUGAAACCUUACACAACCAAGGUGAUUAUCGUUUAUACAGAGUUCCUUGAAUCGGCCACGACUUAUCACAAUCAGGUCCAAGCUCAUGUUGAACAAAGACUAAAGAGCCAUGAGCUCACGGAGGCUUUUGCUACCAAUGAGUUUGUUUGGUUUGCGGCUUCUGCGUUGUUGGCGUUACCCAUCUUCUUUGCAUACAGAGUGCUCUCUUCCCUUUUCUGCACAAACACAAAGAAACCUGUUACACACCCUCAUCACCAUGGUCGUCGCAAAACCAAAAGGAGUCAUCACACUGACAAGUGAAUUCAUUGUUCCACGCCAAGUGAAUUAAAAUUCAGUGUUAUUAGAUAAAACAUUUGAUAGAUAUGUAAUUUGAAAUGAAUUGAAAUCACUUGUUAUUCAAUAUCCAUUUGAUUUUGUUAGAUUUCAGUAACAUUGGAUUUUAUUGUAUUUUAUAUCUAAAUCAAGCUUUAAACAAGUA